GGAGGUGGUUUGAGGUUUGUUGUUGUGCUGCUGCAGACAGAACCGGGGCCUUCGGUGGUGAUGAUGAUGAUGAUGAUCAUGAUGAUGAUGAUGAUGACGACGACGACACACUGCCGGAGGGUGUAAAGGUCAAAAACCGACGUGGAUGUUUGAAUGUCAGUGGAGCCAGCUGUGAUGAUGAUGAUGAUGAGGAUGAUAUCAGAGGGUUGAUGAAGGCCUCGUGCAGUUCUGUGGUGUUCUGGGUCACACAUUUAUGGAGUUUCUGAAGGGCAGUGGGGACUACUGCCAGGCUCAGCACGCUGCCUAUGCAGACGAGUGAACGGCCGAACUCGCCGCCGCCGUCGAUCCGAAGCACUUGAGCCGCAGGAGAGACCCUGGACCGGGACGCCUCCCAGAACCAGCGACAACUCGGCCUGGAUGGGGUAACUCCACCCGCUGCACACUGCCCUCGUCGGCUUCCGCCUGGCCAGAACCGAGGUGGAACCAGCCUGGUGUUUUUUGUUUUUUCCUCCUUUUCUUUUUGAGAGGGUUUUUUGAGUUACGUUUUUUCCCCUCCGAUUGUCCGCCCCCAUUUUUUCGGCCGCCAACCUCAUCAAAAUCUGCCCGUCGCAGCCUUUGUUUAUUUCGGUUUUCUUUAAAAAGCCUUGCCAACCUCGACGAAGAAGACCCGGAAGCUCGUCGUACACUUUUGCGUUUGACAUUCCCUCCGAGUUCAACUUAAGUGUUUACAUCGGCGUUUUUUCGCUCUGUGGAAGACUUUUAGUUUUUUUCGGUUGUUUCGUCGCUUUUUUCUUUGAGUAACGUUCCGUCACAAUGGCUCGUAUGAACAGACCGGCCCCGGUGGAGAUCACCUACAAGAACAUGAGGUUCCUCAUCACCCACAAUCCCACCAACGCCACCCUGAACAAGUUCAUCGAGGAGCUGAAGAAAUAUGGAGUCACCACUGUAGUGAGAGUUUGUGAGGCCACGUAUGACGCCACGCUGGUGGUGAAGGAGGGGAUCCAGGUUCUGGAUUGGCCGUUUGAUGACGGAGCUCCUCCCUCCAACCAGAUCGUGGAUGAUUGGCUGAACCUGCUGAAGCUGAAGUUCAGGGAGGAGCCCGGCUGCUGCGUCGCUGUGCACUGUGUGGCAGGACUGGGCAGAGCUCCUGUUCUGGUCGCACUCGCCUUGAUCGAAUGUGGGAUGAAAUAUGAAGACGCUGUCCAGUUCAUUCGACAGAAGCGUCGCGGAGCGUUCAACAGCAAGCAGCUGUUCUACCUGGAGAAAUAUCGUCCAAAGAUGCGCCUGCGCUUCAAAGAUUCCAACGGCCAUCGCAAUAACUGCUGCAUCCAGUAGAGCUGCCACGCCAACACACACACACACACACACACACACACACACACACACACACACACACACACACACACACACACACACACACACACACACACACACACACACACACACACACACACACAAGCUUAUUACCUGGCAGGCUUGUUUUCUCUUAGUCGUUGUGUUGCAGUACGUUUAUUUGAAGAAAAAAAACAUGUGCCGUUGAUCCAUUCCAUCCCCCCCCCCAACAAAAAAAUUAAGAAAAGAAAAACAAGAGUUCAUGUGCCCUUAAAAAUUAAAACAAAAAAAGGACGUGCAGUGCUGAGUCGUGUAUCAUUGUAAGAUGUUGGAUUAAUUGUCUUUCCUGCAAAAACGCUUCCCAAAGAUUCCGGUCGGCCGAGUGCGUUCAUGUUGCCUGAGAAUGUGCUGAGAAAAAAACAACCAUUUUUAAUUUCCCGUGAGCAGUUUAGUUGCCCCCACCUCACGCCCCCCACUAUUAAUUUGAGGGUUCCGUUGUGGACUAGAUGAGAUGUGUUGCCUUCCUUGAAAUCAGGCGGUUGAUCCAUAAAUGCCUUACAAUCAGAGUGGAGCGGAGGCGAUCGAGGCGACGCUCGUCUCCCGCUGGCAUUUGGAGAAAAAAAAAAGGUUUCAUUUUUCUACUCGGAAACAAAAACAGAAAAAAAAGUGAAUAGUUGCCUUUGGUCUUGUGCGGGAAGUCUUACACACACACACACACACACGUUUGCCCUUUCAGCAACUAUUUUUUAAAUAUAAACGCUUAACUGUUGCAAUAUUUGUCAACUGAAAGUCUAGGAACUAAUUCUUUCUUUUCUCUCUCUCAAACCUUCUGUUUACUAAUUAACUGCCACGUCCAAAAUGUGAUUUUCAUUUUUAUUUUAUUCUUUCAGUUUUUUAAUUUUUUUCUCCUUUGCUUCAAAGUGGACUUCCAACGUCUGCGAUAUUUUGUACGCCUUUUUAUUUUGAUGUCCGUAACUUAAGACUUGGAUACUUGAUGAUUUUAUGUAUUUGAAAAAAAACAAAUGUGUACUAUUAUUAUUAUUAGGUUGGCUAUUUAUACUGUCAAUGGAUGUGUGAUUUAGUACCGUGAGCGACUAAGUUGUACCUGUUCACCAACUUGUGAAAGAACAUUAAAUGAUACACUGAAAAAACCCA